AUGAGACGGCUCACCGACAGAGCUCAAGCGCCCCCGACCCAUGGCGGAGACAAGGAACGAGCAUUACUCUCCUCUCAUUCCAUCGAACUCAAGAUCCAGAGUGAACUUAAAAGCGCUAUGUAUAACCCUGAAGUACCUGGCAAGCGCUUCAUAACAUACGAGAAGCUCUGCGCUGUGUGGGCUAAUACGUCGAUUGACUCUAUUGAAUCUUUUAGGAGCUUUUUCCUUGAGGAGCUGCAGCUAGUGCGACGCAACUAUAUGCGCGUAUUAUCAAUUCUGAUCUAUAUUGGAUGGGAUCUCGCUCGCUUCAGGCCCGUUUUUCUACGUUGUGAUCUCGACGAUGACAAGCUAUGCUUCGAUUCCGAUCAAUUGCACGAGCUUGGAGAGCUCGCACCUAAUUUUAAUGAUGUCCAAUAUAUAUUCAAACCCGUGCAAAUCGAUUCAAGGCCUGAAAUUCAGAGUGUUAGUACGAAACUUCGACUUCCCUUUACUUCGAUGAAUGAAAUGUCAGGUACCGAUGGACCGGGCGUCGUGAGCCGAAGAGUCAUUGCAGCUGGACAGUUUAUCGAGUCGAUAGGUGGCAAAAGCACGCGAACAAACAAAGAUCCCAUGGUCGUCGCCUGCAAACAAUUCGAAGCCGACUUUCGAUGGGCUCCCAGAGCACGAGAGACUAGGGCAUAUUCUAUCAUUAGGGAAAGAUCAAGGGCCCAUGAGGGCAUCUUGACACACUUCGCAACGCUCGCACAUGGCAAUGAUUUUAUAAUAGUCUUUCCGUUUGCUCAACACUACAGCCUUGAGGUAUUUUUCAAAGAAGGUGACGAAAAACGUCCGACAAAUCUCAACCAGGGAGGUUCCCCACAGGUUCGAGAACGGUACCACUUUACUAAGAAAUUUCCCCUACUAGCUAAUUCCUCGAUAUUGCAUCUCACAAUGUUGAGCCAAGCCUGCAAACUUGUAGAUGCUCUUCUCUUCCUUCAGAAAGAAUUGCAAGUGCCUGGCUGGGGAGACUCUUACUGCGUUCAUGAGAAUCUCGAGCCACCCGAAAUUCUGAUUGAUGGUAAUCCAAGCGAUCCAAUGACACCCGCUGGUACUUGGAAAUUGACCGAUUUUGGUCUUUCGAUGUACGAAAAGGGUACAGAUACUAGAAACAUACGCCAUCUGUUAUUGGAGGAACUUUCUCAAGGAGUGUUUGUCUUGGAUGAAGUGUUUAUCUCGAAUCUUUCCCACAAUUCCGGAUAUCUGUCUCCCGAGCAGGGUUCUAGGCGUGGCAUACAUGAAUGGCCACGAAGCUAUCAUCGCGAAAGGGAUGAUAGUCUUGACUGGCGCAAAACGGAUAGUUGGUCCGUUGGUUGUCUUUUGUGCGAGUUACUGGCGUUCAGUUUGUCUAGACGCCGUGGAGUAGACAUUCUACGUCGCGCUAGAAGGGAUGACUUUGGCAUUGGGUUCUACGAGACUUACGGAGACUCCAAUCAACCGAUGAGCCAGAUAUAUCGCGCGAACAUCAGAAUCAAGCAGAGUGUGCUAUCUUGGUUGCACGAAAGUGCAAAGGCCAAACCUACUUACGUGAGCGUCGUUGACCAGAUUUUACGACCGUAUCCGGAGGACCGACCGAAUAUGCGUCGUAUCCGCUCAUUGCUAGGAGCAUUAGAAUCGGGGAAAGUAACAGCAUCAAAGACUCGCAGACCGACCGAUAUCAGAUAG